CCAUGAGAUUGAUCGGCAAGCGCAUAGAGAAGGACCGCUCGGGUCAUGUCACCGUCCGUCCAGAGGACGAUGAGGAUAUGUGGCAUCUAUACAAUCUCAUUCAACAGGGCGACCGCAUACGCGCAGCAGGUAUUCGACGCGUGCAGAACGUCUCUGCGACUGGGUCCGUUGACUCUAAGCGGAUCCGCCUCCACCUCACCCUCGCCGUGAACCGCGUCAACUGGUCCCCAUCCGCGGCUCCCGGUGCCGAGUCUGGGACUACCGCUGGUGCGCCUAAUACUGCCGCAACCGCUACCGCGACUGUGGAAGUGUCGGGACGCGUCGCAGAGGAGAACCCUCAUGUGAAGCUUGGCGCCUUCCACACACUAGAGAUCGAGGUGAACAAGGACGUACGGAUAGAGAAAGAUGCGGGCGGUUGGGAUAGCGUCGCUCUUGGCCGAGUCGAAGAAAGCUGUGUGCCGGGACGGGGCGCCGAGGUUGCUGCCAUCGUAUGCGGAGAAGGUUCCGCGACGUUCUGCCUAUUAUCCGAACACAUGACUGUAGUACUCCAACGGCUAGAUGUGCCAAUACCACGCAAGAUUUCUACGACAUCCUCUGCACACGAGAAGGGCUUGACGAGGUUCUACCAAAGCUUGUAUACCUCAUUUUUGCGACACGUUCCAUACUCAGCACCAUCCCUCCGCGCAAUCGUGAUCGCAUCUCCGGGAUGGGUACGGGACGCUGUUUUCGACUACAUCAUGGCCGAGGCCAGCAGGACGUCAAACAAGCCAUUGUUAGCCGCACGCAACAAGUUCAUCAAGGUGCACGUUAACAGCCCACACGUGCAUAGUUUAGUGGAGGCACUGAAGAGCCCUGAGAUCGCUACGCAAAUGAAGGAGACGAAGUUCGCGCGAGAGGGGAUGAUGCUCGACAAAUUCUUCAAGAUGCUCGCGUCGGAUGAGAUGCGGGCAUGGUAUGGGCCUGACCAUGUGGCCCUGGCAGCUGAUCGAGGAGCAAUUGGCACUCUUUUGAUCUCGGACGAGCUUUUUAGAGCAAGCGAGGCAGCUCAACGAAAGAAAUUCGUCGAUGUCGUUGAAGGUGUCAAGCAGAAGGGAGGCGAAGUGCUGAUCUUUUCCAGCAUGCAUGAGUCCGGACAACAGCUGAACCAGUUGACCGGCAUCGCGGCCAUCCUGACGUUCCCACUGGAUGUCGAGGUAGUGGAAGCGGAAGAACGAGAAGCUAAGGAAGAGGAGCGGAGGAAAGCUGAAGAAAACGGGACGGUCGAAUGA